UCAUGCUCAAUCCAGAAGCCAAUCCACUUUAUAGAUAAGUUUUAUAUGAUGGAUAGAAGAAAACUAAUAUUAGAACUCUUUAAAGUAAUUAUAUUUAUAAUUAUACUUUUUAGAUCAUAAGAAUCAAAUAGCUCAUACUGAACAAUAUUAAUGGUAUGAUAAACAGGAUUGCUUCAAAAAUACUGAUAAAAUUACUACAAUCAAUAAUCUAUCAACAAUUUCAAAUGUUUCUUAUCAAAGAUAUAAGAAACCAGAGGUAUUUCAUUUAUGAUAUAAUUAAGGAUAAUAAAAUCUUUACUCCAUUAGAACUGAGUAAAUAGACAUCUAUACCAAUGAAAUAUCAAUAGAGAUAUUUAAGUUAGCGUGCCUUGUUUCCUAUGACAUCUCCAAGAGUUACAGAAAGUUCAGCUAAAAUUAUAGGCAAAUUCAUUUUAAAUGAAGGAAGUGGGCAUUAUAAUUUACCUCCAUUAUAACCACCUUCUGAAACAUAUAGAAAUAGAUCAUAAGUAUUUUUUGGAUGA